CCCGCCCGUUACCAAAAUUUGAAUUUUCUCUGUCUCUUCUUCUUUCUCUCUGCAUCUUCCCCUUCGUUAAAUCAGAAAGUUGCAAACUUUUUCUCAAUUGAAUGCAAUGAAUGAUUAUUAGUUUUCUUGGGCAUUGUCCAACCUUUUCCUUUCCCCUUCGUCUUAAUUUCAAUUCAAAUCUGCCUUUUUUUCUCUCUCUGCCUUUCCUUUCUUCUUCUCCCCUUCCGCUCUCUCCCCUCCCCCCUCUUCCCCCCCUCCUAAUCCUUCCAGUCUCUGUCAUUUCCUUCUUUCAAUCCCUUGCUCCAUUGCUAAGGUCAGACCAGAGGAACUUCGAUGGGUACAUGUUUGAGUAAGAAGAAAGGGUCCUCCUCCUCCUUUUCUCCUGUUGUUGAAACCAAGUCUCUUUCUUCUUCAGCGCCUUCUGAGCUGAAGAAGAAUUCUGCCAAUGUCAUUUCUGUUUCCAAACCCAAAGUGGAAACUGAGCCACAACUGAAUCCGGAGAAAGACAAGAAGACAGUGCUUCCAGAUAAGCAAGAGCCAGUGCGUGAAGAUGAAGGAGGCCAAGUUAAAAAAGAGAUUUUCAUCAUCAAGCACAGGAAAAGCCAUGAUGACAGAGAGAGAAAUUCCAAAUGCCCACCAACUGUUCACCAGAACGCCUCAGUUGAUGGCGUUGCUGAAAAUGAAGCUACUAUUGAAGCAGCUGAGUUAAUCGGUACAAACAAGAUUGUGCCACCAGCAUCAGCACCAUCAGCAGCAGCCAUGGGAGUGGGUGUAAGGACUUCAAGCUGCACUAAAGAAGAGGUGGAUGCAAUUCUCAUACAGUGUGGGAGACUCAGCAGAAGCUCUUCCGGUAAAACUGCUUCUUCUUCUGCUGGUGCUGGUGAACGUAGGAGAAGGUACUCCGGUUCAAAGAGAAGCUUUGAUUUUGAUCAUUGUGACAAUGACACCAUUUCUGCUGAUGAUGACCAAAGGAGAGCCAAAAGCACUGACAAUAGUGAUCCGUGUGAAGAUGAUGGAGAGAAACGCCGCCAACACCGCCCACGAGACCGCCAAUCUCCAAGGAAGCCGUCUUCUUCUCAUGGAAGGAGAAGGACGCCCAGCAGGGAAAGAGAUCAGCAGCAGAACCAGCGAUCCAGUAGCAGAGAGAGAAGGGUUAGCAGAUCUCCUGGCAGAAGAUCUUCGGAGACCAGCAACCCGCCAAGCACAAACUCAACUUCUGCCAUUGCAGGCGGCAAUAACAGCAAUUCCUCUGCUAGACCCGGGAAGAUGGUCUCAGUCCCUCCAACUGUUUCAUCUUUGGUUAUGGAUAAGAGUAACAAUGGUGGUGGAGGAGAAUCUGGAGUGAAGAAGAUCUCAGUGAAGAGGAAUGUUGGUGAUAGUGGCAUGGUGGGUUCAAGAUCUGCAGCCUCACCACGUUCUCAAUCCCCUGCAAGAGCAAAUGGUAAUGCAGCAAGUUCAAAAGCACUGGGAGAGAACAAUCCUCAGCAACAACCCUCACUUAGCCGUAACUCUUCAAGGAAAGCAGAUCAAUCGCCUUAUAGAAGAAACCCAUUGAGUGAAAUUGAUCCCAAUUCACUUGCUUAUCCCCAGUCAGCCAACACUAACAAUAGGAACAUGAAUGUUGAUGUGAAUGACAACGCCAAAAGCAGAACCAGGGGUGUGGGGAGAAAUUGCAAGCCAAAGGAGCAACACGAGGAAGAGGUGAUCGGGCAUUGUCCAAUGACUGAAAAUAUUGUUGUGAAAACAGUUGUGCCUUCAGGAAUUGACAACCUUAAACAAUCCCACACAUUAACAAGAAGCCGGUCCUCUAGGCGGUCCCGGGACCUGGACAUCAACCCUGAAGCAAUGUUGAAUCCUGAGCAGUCAUACACCUCGCUACUACUUGAAGACAUCCAAAACUUCCACCAAAAAAGCACUGCCACACCGCCUGUCUCUCUCCCUGCUUGCGUAACUAAAGCCUGCUCUAUACUUGAAGCUGUUGCUGAUCUGAACUCCACUAACAGCUCAAAUCUCCUCGGUCCCUUCUCCGAUGACCGAAAAAGUCCACCCACGUGUCAAUCAACUAAGAAUGACUACAAUGGCUUAUUGGGUUCAAAUCAUUAUGGGAAGAAGAGGAUCACAGACACCAAAGAUCCAUUUGUAGAAUCUGAGGUUGUUGUACAUGAUGAUGUGAUGGAGCCAAGCUUUCAUAAGUAUGUCACAGUGAAGAGGGGUGGUUCAGUUCGUGGUGGCGGUGGUAAUGGUAGUGGGGCAGACAUGGAGGAUCAAGAGUCUUCAGGAAGCAACAGUUUCACUGUGAGUGGUCAACAGAACUGGGGGUUCUCUUCUUCUUCAUGGGAACCCAAUUCUGCUGAUUCUACGGAUUGCUGGAGUUCAAGAUUGAACUCCACAGAGGAAGAAGUCCAGAAAGGUUCGUCAAGCUGGGCAUCUGAAGCAGGACGUGACAUGGAGGAAACGAGGAAGAAGUCCAAUGGCAAGAGGAGAGAAUGUGAUCAUCAGCACAGCGGUGGAAUAGGGAGGGGCAGGCUUGGUGCAGAUAAGAGUUUGCAUACCAUAUCUGCUACAGCGGCUGCGACCACAUAGAUUAUGAUAUGUAUGGACAUGUAUCUUUGUCUAGUUUUCUUUUAAAGUACUGAUUAUUGCUUCUGUUUGGGGUUGCAAACUUGCAACCAUUUCAAGUUUAAUUAAGGCCUUGAUUUUUCAAUAUUCAUAGA